AUAAUUUUAUGAGCUUUUAGCCAUGGCGAAGAAGCCAAAUAUGGGCAGGCAAAAGAUCAAGAUCGCAAAAAUAGAGACGAAGAAUCACCUACAAGUCACCUUCUCCAAGCGCCGAUCUGGGGUUUUCAAGAAAGCCAGCGAGCUAUGCACUCUCUGCGGAGUAGAGAUCGCCAUUAUAGUGUUCUCGCCGGCCGGAAAAGCUUUCUCCUUCGGCCACCCCAACGUGGACCCCAUUCUCGACCGGUUCCUCUCCCGGAACCCUCACCCAGUCUCCGGCGCCGCCCUCCACCUGGCGGAGGCCCACCGCAGCGCCGCCGCCGUCUGCGAGAUGAGCCUCCAGCUGACGCAGGUGCUGGCGGCGUCGGAGAUGGAGAAGAAGAGAGGGGAGAUGGUUGGGCGGAUGAGAGAGGAGAGGCGGAGCCGCCAGUACUGGUGGGAAGCUCCGAUCACCGAGCUUGGGUUGCCGGAGCUCGAGCAGGUGAUGAUCGCCAUGGAUGAGCUCAAGAAAAAUGUGGCUUCCCAGAUAGGGAAAAUCAUGGCGGCGGAGACAUUACUUGAUCUUGAAGAGACGAAAUCACAGAGGAUAAUGAUCAAUACGGAUAAUAACACUCUUCUUCUUCAUCAUCAAGCGCUGCAAACCUACCUUUGGAUUUGAUCAUGGAAUUUUCUAAUUAAAUCCCUAAAUAAAAAAGAUUGUACUC